GAUGAGACAAGAUAAAGCACACUGAGCAAGAUGGGGUGAACAGAGAGGAGAGAGAAGCACAUGAUUUGGAUGUGAGUGACUCAACAACACUCAUGUGUGGCCUGAAGACGUCGGGCCGUUGACUAGUCUAAGGCUCCGACCUUUCCUGAGUCAUCCCCCCCGGAACGGUCAAUAGAUCCUCGUAUUUCUCCUUCCGACUGACCUGCACAAGUCAUCGCUAUUGAUCAUUUUGUAGCACGACGCGUUUGUAAUGCGCAUAGAAACGUAGCUACUCUCGAGGAAUUAUUCCUAUACCGUUAUCUAGCCGAGUUGUGUUUUGCGCUCAUUACAUUUUUAUGACAAAGUAACUUUUAACUUCGUCUGUGGGUGAGCGGCUAGCAAAUAGCAAUUCCCAAAGAUCCCGGAUACAAACGAAUCUAGCCUCAGCUCAGGCAGUCACUGCUGAUCCUAGCGGUUGAUAAUGUCCUCUGGUUACAUGGUAGGGUAUGGGCCAAACAAGGGAGCUGAGGAAAGCCUGAAACAAACCAAAUACUGUGAAGGUGCCCAACAUUUAUUUUCCCAUAGCUCAGAGAGGAAGUGUAACCAAGGGAUUGAGACCGAAGCAGUUCAAUGGAUGAAAAUGUUGCAUGGACUGUAGAUUGAAAGAGGAAGUACUUCACCCUCUCAGAUUUUUGCUUUCGGUCUCUGCUUGUCCAGCCCUUCAGGCCCCUCUGCCUGUUAUUUUGUUUCUUGUAAGAGGUGCGUGAUAACUUGACGCAGAGAUGACAGCAAGACUGUGGAAUAAGCAAGAGUGGUAACUGAGAAGAGCAGUGACGUGAAUUCUUACAUCCGUAGGCUACCCACUGGAAUAUCUAAGUAUUAGCUAAUCAAGCAACAACAAUCCAUCUAUCUUGGACACAGACUAACAACUAUGAGCACUUUCAAACGCUCAUGGAGGAAGUGACUGACUCUGCCAGACCGCAAUUUGACGAGGAUAGUCUCUUUGCCCUUGUGUAGAGUUUAAAGUGUCAGAAGUCCUUCAACAUCUGUCACUACAGCCCAACUAAGGGGGAAAAACACAUUUCUGCACUGGACUGGUAGAAAGAAAACUUAGGUGAACCUGUGAGUCGGAAUAUGGUGCUGCAAUGAACUAGGAAUCCCCUACUGGAGUUAGUGGAAGGAACUGGAACUGAGGUGAAACCCAGAACUAACCGAGGCCUUAGCACGACAACGGAAUGCCAUGUACUAAACUGGAAAUGCGCUUGAUUUAACUGCAUUUGGGAAGACUGGAAACUGUUCCUGUGGAACGGCAUUUAUUGGGAGAGAUUACUGAAACCAACAGCACUGUCUGCAGAAAUGGCGGGCCCGGGAAAGGACUACAACCAUCUCUUCAAACUGCUCAUCAUUGGAGACUCCAAUGUAGGGAAAAGCAGUCUACUACUACGAUUUGCAGAUAACUCCUUCUCUGGCAGCUACAUCACUACAAUUGGUGUGGACUUUAAGAUCCGUACGGUAGACAUAGACGGGGAGCGAGUCAAACUGCAGAUCUGGGACACGGCGGGCCAGGAACGCUUCAGGACCAUCACUUCAACGUAUUACAGAAAUACCCACGGUGUGAUUAUUGUUUAUGACGUCACCAACCCAGAGUCAUUUGUGAACGUGAAGAGGUGGCUUAAUGAGAUCACUCAGAACUGUGACAACGUCUGUAAGAUCCUAGUGGGGAACAAGAAUGACGACCCCUCCAAGAAGCAGGUGGACUCCCAGGAUGCAAUGCAUUUCGGGGAGUCGGUGGGAGUCCGGGUAUUUGAGACGAGUGCCAAAGAAAAUAUCAACGUUGAAGAGAUGUUUAUGGCUUUCACUCACAUGGUCCUUCGGACAAAGAAGCAGAGUCAGAGUCGUGCAGAGAGAGAGCGGGAACGAGAGAAGGAAACGGUUGACAUCAACUCUCACAGACACAGAGAGAGGAGGAAGAGGGGGAAGAAGUGUUGCUGAGGGAGAAAGGGAGGAGAUUUUCUAAGAACAGGACAGACCAAUGGAGAGUCGAGCAUCCAAAGUCUGUCUGCGCUCAUGUGGAAAGAGCCAGGACAUUACAUGUUGACAUUGCACUGAGUGAAGAUUACAAGAGGUUAAGGACAGAAAACCACUGUUACGUGCCAAAUUUUUACCCUAGCAGUUAUUUUUUAUGAAUGUAUAUUAAUGUAAUUUUAUCAUUAAAAAGGAAACUGGAUCCCCGAAGUCUCAAACUGUUAUUAAAACCCCUAAUUUAGGAAAUACACUAAUGACUUCAAGUGACUAGAGUGAUGCAUCUGUCUUAUUUGUAAUGAAAAAGACUGUCAUGUGACAAAUAUAACAUCUCAAUAAACAGUGAGCAAUAAAGUCAA